CUCCUCGGAGCUUCCCUCACAUGGCCCCAUCAUGUCUCCCUUCCCUCUCUCUCUCUAUCGCCGUUUUUUCCAAACCCCCAUUUCCCCCUUUUCAGACUUCACAAUUCUCCCCCUCUAUUUCCCCAUCGGAAUCCAUCCUCCCAAUGGAUGAUUCCCCGGAGCCACCCACCGCCGCCGUCUCUCUCUGAAGCUCUGUUUCCUCAUCAAUGGCGGCCGCCGCCGACGAGGUCGCUGCCAGAGCCGUCCACCGGCGCUACGAAGGCCUCUUAAUGGUCCGCACCAAAGCCCUCAAGGGUAAAGGCGCCUGGUACUGGUCUCACCUCGAACCCCUCUUGCUUAAAAAUUCCGACACCGGAUUCCCCAAGGCCGUCAAGCUUCGGUGCUCCCUUUGCGACGCCGUUUUCUCCGCUUCGAAUCCCUCGAGAACCGCCUCCGAGCAUUUGAAGCGCGGGACUUGCCCUAAUUUCAACUCUCUCGCGAACGCGAACCCUAAUUUUUCCCCUGUUUCUCGUAAGCGUAGUAAUUCCGCCGCCGCAGCAGACGAGGACGAGGAGGACGGCAGCGGCGGCGGCGACGGUUCCGAUUUAUUCUACGACAUUCCGCCGCUUACGGUCUACGGCGGGUCCUUCUCAUCCUUCCCACCUCAACAGAACCAGCAGCAGCAGCAGCAUCCGUUUUUGAUGUUAUCAGGUGGGAAACAGGAUUUGGGGGCGCUGGCUAUGUUGGAAAACAGUGUGAAAAAGCUUAGAACUCCAAGAACUUCACCUGGGCCAUCGCUGAACCAGACCCAAAUCGAUUCUGCGCUUGAUUUUCUUGCAGAUUGGGUGUUUGAAUCAUCUGGGUCGGUCUCUGUUUCGAGUUUGGAGCACCCCAAAUUCAGGGCUUUCUUGAAUCAGGUGGGGUUGCCUUUGAUCUCGUCUCGAGAUUUCGCUCGAGUACGACUGAAUUCGAAGUACGAGAUGGCUAGAGCUGAUGUAGAAUUGAAAGCCAGUGGUGCCAUGUUCUUCCAAAUCGCCUCCAAUGGCUGGAACAAAGCCCAAAACCAAGAAGAUAAGACCAUGGUUCAUAUGGCUCUGAACCUCCCUCAUGGGACUAGUUUGUACAGAAAGACUCUGUUUCUUAGCUCUUCUGUUCCUUGUAAAUUUGCAGAGGAAGUGCUUUGGGAUACAGUUUUGGAAAUUUGUGGAAGCAAUAAGGAGAAGUGCGUUGGGAUCGUGGCUGAUAAGUUCAAGGCCAAGGCAUUGAGAAGCUUGGAAGAUCAGCAUCAAUGGCUGGUCAAUCUUCCAUGUCAGUUCCAAGCUUUCAAUGAUUUGGUUAAAGAUUUCACUAGAAAGCUCCCACUUUUCAAGACAGUAGCUGAAAACUGCAAAAGGGUAGCCCAUUUCUUCAAUUUUGAGUCUCAUGUCAGAACAAUCUUCCACAAGUAUCAGUUGCAAGAAUGUGGCCAUAGCCGCCAUACUUGUUUGAUAACGUUACCCACAGCUGACUCUGAGAAGAUGGAAGCUAUGGAACUCUUCGCAAUGGUGGAGGAUGUGCUCGAGUCCGCUCCCGCAAUGCAGUCGGCCCGGCUGGACGAAGCGUUGAAGAUGCCAUCAAUGGAGGAGACCACUGCUGGAGAAGUGUUUUACUUAGUUGGGAACUCUGAGUUCUGGAAUGAAGUGGAGGCUGUGCAUUGUUUGAUCAAAUUGGUGAAGGAAAGGGCUCAAGAGAUUGAAACAGAGAGGCCAUUGAUAGGCCAAUGCCUUCCCCUUUGGGAAGAAUUGAGAGAGAAAGUGAAGGAUUGGUGCAGAAAGUUCCAAAUCUCAGAAGAAUCAGUGGAGAAGAUAAUUUCAAGAAGGUUUAACAAAAACUAUCACCCCGCUUGGGCUGCGGCGUUCGUGCUUGAUCCGCUCUAUCUGAUUCGGGACAGCAGCGGGAAGUACCUCCCGCCAUUCAAAUGCCUUACGACCGAGCAGGAGAAGGACGUCGAUCGGCUGAUAACCCGGCUCGUGUCGAGGGAAGAAGCCCACAUUGCACUGAUGGAGCUGAUGAAAUGGAGAACAGAAGGGCUUGAUCAAGUGUAUGCAAGAGCUGUCCAAAUGAAGGAGAAAGAUCCCAUUAGUGGGAAACUGAGAGCUGCCAAUCCACAGAGCAGUAGGCUUGUUUGGGAAACAUACCUAACUCAGUUCAAAUCAUUGAGAAAAGUUGCAAUUAGGCUCAUUUUUCUUCAUGCCACUUCAUGUGGCUUCAAAAGCAAUGGGAAUUUAGAAAGAAUGGUGUGUUCUUAUGGAUGCUCAAGAGCUGCAACUGAAGGUGUUAAGAAGUUGGUUUUCAUUUCAGCUCAUUCAAAGUUACAGAAGAGGAAUCUUUGCAGCGACGACAACAACGACGGUGAUGAUCUCGAGUUGUUUGCAGCAGUAAACAGUGAAGAUGAUCUGCCUAGUGAGGCUGAUAGAUCAUCUUCAUUGUAACAUUUUUUUCUUUCUCUGUUGCCUAGUUUUUCAUAAACACUUAUUGCAAAAUGUUUCUAAUCUAUUACCAUAGUAUUGAAAAAUUUUCCAUUUUA